UCGGAAGUGACGCAUAACCUGCGACGCCAGUGCCUGCAGCCCACGGCUGCAGGAGUCGGCCUUUGGUCGCACCCGAGACGGCGUGCUUUCCUCCGAUGGUCGCAGCAGAGCCAUCAUGACGGGGAAAAAGUCCUCCCGGGAGAAACGGCGCAAACGUAGCAGUCAGGAGGCGGCCGCGGCGCUCGCUGCCCCAGACCUCAUACCCGCCUUGGCCAGCGGCGGUAGUGGAAGCACUAGCGGCUGCGGGAGCGCCGGGGGCUGCGGGAGCGUCAGCUGCUGUGGGAACGCCAGCUUCAGUGGAAGUGUCACCGGCGGUGGGAGCGCCGGCAGUUGCUGGGGUGGGAGCAGCGUGGAGCGCAGCGAGCGCCGGAAGCGGAGGAGUACCGACUCUUCUUCUAGCGUCUCGGGCUCUCUGCAGCAGGAAAGCAAAUAUAUUUUGCCAACUUUGGAGAAAGAAUUAUUCUUGGCAGAGCACAGUGACCUGGAAGAAGGUGGACUGGACCUGACUGUCUCAUUGAAACCAGUUAGUUUCUAUAUAUCAGACAAAAAAGAAAUGCUUCAGCAGUGCUUCUGUAUCAUAGGAGAGAAGAAGUUACAGAAGAUGCUUCCGGAUGUGUUAAAGAACUGUUCAAUAGAAGAAAUUAAAAAACUAUGCCAGGAACAGUUAGAGCUCCUGUCUGAAAAAAAAAUUUUGAAGAUUCUUGAGGUAGAGACGGGGUUUUGCCGUGUUGGCCAGGCUGGUCUCCAACUCCUAACCUCAGGUGACAAUGGAAUGGACUCUGAUAUGGAAGAGGAGGCAGAUGAUGGCUCUAAGAUGGGAUCUGAUUUAGUCAGUCAGCAAGACAUCUGUAUAGAUUCUACUUCAUCCAUGAGAGAGAACAAGCAACCUGAAGGUUUGGAAUUAAAACAAGGCAAAGGGGAAGAUAGUGAUGUACUCAGUAUAAAUGCAGAUGCUUAUGACAGCGACAUAGAAGGCCCAUGCAAUGAAGAAGCAGCUGCUCCUGAGGCACCAGAAAAUACAGUUCAAAGUGAAGCUGGUCAGAUAGAUGACCUGGAGAAAGACAUUGAGAAAAGUGUGAAUGAGAUUCUGGGACUGGCAGAAUCUAGCCCAAAGGAACCCAAAGCAGCCGCCCUGGCUGUUCCUCCACCAGAAGAUGUUCAGCCUUCUGCACAGCAACUAGAACUGCUAGAACUUGAGAUGAGGGCAAGAGCGAUUAAGGCCCUAAUGAAAGCUGGUGAUACAAAAAAGCCAGCCUAGGUAUUUAACUUGAGUUUGAAUUUUAGGUAUGUUUGAACAAAGCCACAUCAUAUAAUUUUGUAUCUAAAAUUUAUUUGGGGUCUUAUAUGUUAUUUCUCAUGUAACCCUUAUUAGGUCAACUUAUUUUAGGUGUAAAAUACCGUGGCUAUUUCUUUUUAUUCUUUAUUUUUUUGACUACUUUCAUAUUAUAAAUAUGUGUUAUUGUCUUAUGAAUUGAUGGCAAAUAUAAUUGGAUAGCCUGGGUACUUUGUUAGAUGAGUAUUUAGCUGUGUCUGCAAAUCUUAAAAGCCAUUAGCAAAGAGUAAUGGUAUUUUUUUCUUUAUUUUUAAAAGUUUGGCCACCAAACCUAAAAGCAAAAGAUUGACCAAGCAUGUUUCUCUUAAGGCAACCUGUAUUUUGCAAUAGAAUAUUAAAUUAUUGCUUUAGAUUUGUUAAUAAUUUGAGAAAUUUAGUUUUGCUUAUAUGUGCUUUUAAGAUAUAUACUGUUUUGAAGAUUCCUUAUGUUGAUACAAAUUUCAUAGUUAAAACCAAAUAACAGAGAUCUGAAAUAGAUGAGAAAAACUUUUUUUAUUAAAGGAAGGAAUUAAUUUAAGGCAGUUUUUAACAAUGUAGAACUAAUUGCCCAUGUUUAAUUAUAGCAGACAAGCCAUUCUAACAGGUAUUUGAUACUAUUGAAUGCAUUAUUCUAGUUUUUUUCUUUAAUAAAAAUGGAACAAGUUUUCAUUUACAUUCCAAGCUGUCAGGAAACUGAGAAUACUUUAUUAUCCAGGAUUUCAUCUGAUGUAGUUGCUUAAAGAUCUGAUGUGCUAUAAUUCCACAAAUCAAAAAUAAAAAAAGGCUGUCAUUCUGGAUCUGAAGACUUUUGAUACUUUUUCAAAAGCAAAAUUAAUUUCAGAAACCUUUGAUAAGUUGUUGUUAUAAUUAGUCUAAUUUUGUAGUUUUUAUAAAUAAAUUACUAUCCUUCCACAAUUAUGGAUGCUUUUCCCCGUCACUAAUUGCAGUUGUUUGAUACCAAAAUAAAUUUACCUAGAGAUCCUUAACUUAAAAUAAAUUAAUUUUUUAAAAAACAUAAAACUGGAACUGUGGUUUCUAUAUUUGAUAACAAAUGUAUAUUUUAUUUAUAAUCAUGCUCUACUGUUACUGUAUGAGGAUUUUCCUUAUAUAUAAAAGUUGCAGGGAUUGUGUUUUAUUUGCUGCCUUAAUUAUGUUAAUUUUAAAGGGUUUUUACGUGGAAAUAGAGGACAUUUAUGAAACAUCGGAAUUGCAGUUACAAAUUCUUUUUGUUGUUGUUCCUGAACAUGGCUUGGAAUAAUUCUACCAUUUUUUUCCCCCUCCUUGAAUCUUUCUAAUAAAGCAUAGAAGAAGCCUGUAUGAUUUUAAAUGCUUCUCUUAGGCUGGUAAACAGAUUUGAGUUAUGAGUUUCAUUGUUAUUGCUUUCAAUGUCAAGAUGAAAAGACAUUGAUAUAAUUUUUCUAUUUCAACUUAAAAUAACAGUUAAUAUGCUAAAAUAGUACAGAAUAAACUAUUGCUGCUUGCUAGUUACAAAAUGCUAUAAAUGGCAUCUGUAUGAUUAAACAUACAAGAGUAGAAAAAGGUCUGAGGACUUUGUAAAUGAUUGAAGUCUCCACCUUCAUGAA